UGAUGCAAUCGGCGCGGGUAGAAAACAGCCGCCGUCGCCGCCCGCUGCUGGAGAAACUCUCGCUUGCAAGCCGGAGCUGCAACGUGUCCCGCCGGCGCUCGCUUUGCUGGGCUAUUUUUUUUUUUUUGCAGAGCUCUGCUUCGGGAGCGGCAUCUUUUGGAGACGCCAGAAGGAAAGAAGCACCCCCCGACACACACACGUCUCUGCAAGCCGUCCACCUUUUCCUCUGCCCACCUUUAAAUUUUGGGGACUGGGCUGCAUUUCUCCAGCGCAAUGAAGGGUUGUCAAAAUGACUGCGCCACUGGAUGUAUGGAGGCAGCCACAAAGCAUGCGAUUGAAUCUUUCAAGGCUGCUGAUCUAAUCAUCACCCCGUCUGCAACUUUCAAAGAGAAGCCGGACCCGAAAGGCCUGGUGUUUGGGACUGUCUUCACCGACAACAUGCUCUUCAUCGAAUGGUCGCUGGCUUCCGGCUGGGAGAAGCCUCACAUCAAACCUCUGGAAAACCUCUCGCUGCACCCCUCCAUCUCUGCUCUUCACUACGCCGUAGAACCAAGAGGACUGACAGAGGCGAAACUGCUCCAAAUGCUUUGGCUCAAUGAAUAUACACUGUUCGAAGGCAUGAAGGCGUACCGAGGGGUGGAUGGCAAAAUCCGCUUGUUCCGUCCGGGACUCAACAUGGACAGGAUGCUGCGGUCAGCUCUGCGGGCGACUUUGCCAGGAUUUGACAAAGAAGAGCUUUUGGAGUGCAUCCGGAAACUCGUGGAAGUCGAAAAGGAGUGGGUGCCGUACUCGACCGCCGCUAGCUUGUACAUUCGCCCUACGUUAAUUGGGACAGAGCCGUCCCUUGGAGUCAAGAAGCCGUCGAAAGCCCUCCUCUACGUCAUACUGAGUCCUGUGGGCCCGUACUUUUCGAGCGGCAGCUUCAACCCCAUAGCCUUAUGGGCAGAUCCAAAAUACGUCCGAGCCUGGAAAGGAGGAACCGGGGACUGCAAGCUGGGAGGGAACUACGGCUCCUCUAUCUAUGCCCAGCGGGAAGCCAUGGAAUUAGGCUGCCAGCAGGUUCUCUGGCUGUACGGAGACGACCAUCAGAUUACAGAAGUCGGGACCAUGAAUCUCUUCCUGUACUGGCGAAAUGAAGAUGGAGAAGAGGAGCUGGCGACCCCACCCCUAGACGGCAUCAUUCUUCCUGGUGUGACAAGACAGAGCAUUUUGGAUUUGGCGAGCAAGUGGGGAGAAUUCAAGGUGUCAGAGCGAUACGUCACCAUGAGCGACCUGAUAGCUGCUUUGAAGGAAAAUCGAGUGAAGGAGAUGUUUGGUGCUGGGACGGCUUGCGUCGUGUGCCCCAUUUCUACAAUAUUAUACCUUGGCGAGCAUUUGCACAUUCCAACCAUGGAAAACGGACCUCAACUAGCUACUCGUUUCUUGAACCAGCUGAGUGAUAUCCAAUACGGAAGGGAAGACAGCGAGUGGGCCGUCAUCGUGUCGUGAGCGGGGAAGAGCGGCGAAGGCCCAGACCUUCGGUCCACUUCACAAGGCAGGCUGAAGUACCACCUGAGCGAUGACCAGUUUUACCGUAGCUCCGUGUAGAGUAGUCUGUGUGUUUAUCACUUUGUCCCUGGGCUGGGAGGGUGAUUAUUUCCACGUGACAGGGAGUGUGAACACAAACCGUUUUUGAUUUUUCUACUGUGGUUUUUUGCUCUAGAGUAGAAACCUGUCUUCUGGUAGAGGUGCUAGUGUAAGCAAUAGACACUCCCCCCCCCCGAACGGUUUGCUUUGUUUCGCUUGUGUCCCUGGUACAGUCGACAGGUGUGUUUUUAAAGCAAAAAUGUUCUUCAACUGCUCUUCAGUGCAAGCCAAAUACAACUUUACUUAACUUCUAAAGCACAGACUAGGCUGUUCCAUGCAACCCAAUUGCCAAAUUACUCAGAGAAACCCUUUGUUGUCUCUGGAGUCUUCUCUUUGUUUCCAGCCUUGGAAGAUCACAACAUUGAUCUUCAAGAUAGAGAUGUAUCUUGCCUUCAUUUUUGGGGGGUGGGGUGUUGUGAAACAUUUCCCCUCGACUCAGUGGGAUCUCCUUUAGUAUGUUUCCUACUUCUUUGUGUUGGUCACCAAAGCCAUGCCUCAUAGCUGUGGAUCCUUCUAAGAAAGAAUAGGAUCAGAUUUUCCUUUGGUGCCCAAUGACACCAUACCUUGAGUGGAUUCAGAUGACCUCUUUUAUUCUCCCUCACUGAAAGUGAUUUCCACAGUCAUCGACACCGGCCCUACCGUUAGGCAUCUUGAGGCAGCUGCCUCAAGCUGCAGGUGCUGGCAAAGUGUUGUCUCUGUGUGCAGUUUCCUUACUAGUAGGGAAGUCACAUUCAGCUGACAGUUUGUCUGCAAGGGAAGGUGGGCAGGAUCUUGCCCUUCACCUCAGGCAGCAAAAUGUCUUGGGCCAUCUCUGUGAAGUAUUGUGUGGAACUAAACUGUUGGGUGGAGCAAGGUUCCACUGCGCAAUAGCUUCCCUAUCCAUUACAAUUUUGAGCCAGUUACCAGAUAAUGUGGCUAUCACACAGCCCAACAAACAUUAAAAUCCCUUUGGGCGUUCCAGUUCUGUGUAGUUUCUGCAACAGCUUGUCCCUGGAAGCAAGUGGCUGCGGAGUCCCAUAAUUCAUUCCACCAUCUGGUUCCCCUCCUCACCUGUAACACUGCCAAGCCAGACAAGUUGAAGAGGGAAGCUGCUCAUCUGACUACAGCCUUAGUCAACUGGAAGAGCCAACAAGGCGCUGUCUCAAGCAUCCUGAGAUGUUGGAAAGUCUCCAAACUUGAACCGCAAGGUCCACUGACCAGAGGUCGUUGCAACGUAGGGGCAGAUGCACAAUGGUGGCUCAGCAGCUCACCAUCUUCUGUACCCCAUGAGCCAAAUCUGAUCUACCACAGGUCGGGGAUUCUAGUUUAGAAUGCGAAGCCAUUUGGUUCCUGCCUCUCUUAGAACAAUUGGGAGACAGAAACACUUGUAGAUCCCGGUCUGCUUUCUGACCAUCCUGAUCGAGACCAUGCUGCCAUCAUCUCUAACAUCUAACGGGCCUUUUAGAGCUGGGAGAUGCAGGAGACUGAAAGAGAAAUGGUUCACCUUCUGCUUUUGCACCACCCCUUCCUCUCUUUUUACACCCCUCUCCACUUCUCCUUCUCCUGCAUCUCUCCAGUACUGUCCGUAUGUUCAUGGCUCUGAAAUUCGGAUGCUUCCACCGAAAUGUGGAAUGUGCAUGGCGGACUCAGCGCUGCAAGUUUGUGCAACCUCCACACAAUGACAUCCUCAUUAAAACGCCCUUCCAUCUCACCACUCCCCCCGAUCCAAAUGCAAUCCACAUUUGCCGUUUUUGUUGGGCAUUUCCCAUGCAAACUUUCAGUGAGGAUUAAACGGGAAAACAAUAUGAGACAGUGAGGAUGAAAUCAUGUAGCUAGCAGCACAGAGUCUGCAGCAAACUGCCUUGCAGAGGUGCCCCUAAUAGCUUUGGUUGCUUUUUUUCCUGCACCCCACAAUGAAUUUUCCAUCUGAAAAAUGAGAUUUUCCCCCCUCCUUUCUCACCCCUCCCUGAGUUAGCUUUAAGACAUCUCUUGCCAAAUCGGUUACUUAUUACAGUGUUAGGGAUGCUCAAAUUUUGCCAUCCGGUUAUCUGCUGAGCUAACAUUAGCAUAGUUUCACAGGGCAGCAAUUGAAUGGUGCAGGUAAGAUAGCCAAUAAAAUAGUACAGAGAACUAUUGCACUAAUGCAGUGCUUUGGAAACUAAACUCUGCAAUCCUAUACCUGGUAAGUGUACAUAGGACUGCAGCCUAAUAAGUAUAUAUAUAUAUGUAUAUUUUCCUAUAAAGGGUAAGGGUGAAAUUUUGGAAAACUUUUAAACUCUGCCACUUUUUUAACAGCCUACCUCUAACUGGUGAUUUGAUAAACACCUGGAAAUAUGCCCUGUAUCUCUCCCCUUUCUGGUCUUAUCACCACCUAAAACAUUCAGCAAAAGCACAGGACACAGUAUUCCCUGGACUGUACCACUUUGGAAUACAGGUGGCGGCAGGGAGACGGCUUGCUUAAAUCCCACCCAGUGUCAGCAGUUACCUGAACAGUCUAGCACCAACCAAAAGUGAGAAGAGUUCUAGCGCAGACUUCUCCCUGACAUGCUAGCUUUAUGUCCAAGAGUUGUUCUUUUUUUUAAAUGCCAGGGAGCAUUCAGGGCUUGCAGCCUGAAGUGAUACGCUUCGAGCAGCACUAUACCAAGUGCUUUUAAAAGAAGUUUAAAUGAGUUUGUAAGUAAAAUCCCGUAAGUGGAUUAGGUUGUUCAGCUGCUAGUUACAACUCCUAGGUAACAGUGAGCUUCUGUUCCCAUGACUGCAGUGGGACUCUCUGUCCCCCUGACAUCUCAAUUGAAGUAAAAAUGUCCUGUUGUAUCUGUGGUGAUAAGUUUGCAUACAUUAACCUUUCUCUGCAAAAGUGCAAACCCAGGGAGGCCCAGGGCCACUCAAACGGAGAACAAAAUAUUUUGUUUGACUUUGCUCUCUGUUGGUGAGCAAGGGACUACCUAUUUCUGGAGAGGGUUUUUUUUCCUAUCUGUUUUUCUAUCUGCAAGGUUUUUGGGUCUUUUUAAAAGCCACUUUAUUGAAGACCAGUUGAAGUUGAUAGUGCCAGACCGUGUUCUCUUUAAAAUACACAUGUUAAGCACAAGCUCUUGUGCCAUCUGUGGUAGAUGUAGCACAGUGUAUUUCUUCUUCUUCUUGACACCUGAGUGUGUAUUGUGCUCUGAUCAUUGUUCGGUUUUAUUCCAAGUAUUCCUAGCCACUGGGGUGGAGGGUCCCCAGUUCCUCUCUCGUUUGACCAAUGGCCGCAGCAUUUGAUGGGGCGCAGCAGGAAUUUUGAUGUUGAGCAGAGGAAUAACUUGAACAAGGCCACUGUCAUAACUGUAGAGUGCCUUUUGACUAGAGAAGAGCAUGUCCGCAUUCAGCCUCACUAACCAAGACCAAAACUUUGCCAUCUCACAUAUUGGGCAGAAGUGGGAUCUGAGAACCCUCGUUGACGCUGCAUAUUCCCCUGCAAAGUGGCAGGACAGGAAGUAAUUUGCAGUCGAGAAGAUACGGACGAGGUUCAGGGGCCUAACCCUUUGCUCAAGCACUAUUCUUCCUCUGCAGUCUCUUCUCCCCGGACUGCUUUUCUGGGGAAAAGCAGCUGGGAAGAGGAGAUGGGAUUGCAAGGGGCUGGAAGCAACAGUCAUUGCCCAUUGCUCUCUUCUGGGCCAUCUUCUCUGCUGCUUUGCAAGGGUAAUGUGGCGGUUUGUGCCCCCAGAGACACACACACUCACACUGUGUACCACUGAAUGUGUAGCUCCAGCCCAAGAUGCGUUCUCUCACAGAAAUCCAUCACGCUUACAAAAUGCUCCACUUGGGAUGUGAGCCUGAAGGAAAUGCUGUUUACCUGAGGCAAGCCGGACAUGCAAACCUGGGAUUUGGCCAGUGUUGAGAAGCCCUCUUGAACAAGAUUUUACGAGAGUGAACUCUCGCUUACUGGUUUGUGAGUGCUUCGAAUGGCUCCUCCCAGUUGGAUUUUGGAGACUUUCUCCCAAGUAUUUACCAGCUGGUGUAGCUUGGCUUUCUCGUGAGGCCUGGCUUCCCGGCCACCUCACCCCUCUCUCCUGAUAAGCAUCAGCGACUCCUCUGCCCAGAAGCUAGCGUUGCAGUUCCAUCCCAUCCCAAUAGCCGCUUCUGGCGAGUAUGUAGGAGACAUGCCCACUUUAAAUACUUUGGAAGGGAAAGGAAAUUGGCUACUUUGUGGGAAGGAGAAAGGGGUGCUCUUAUCCUGAGAGACAGGGGUUUAGCUACGCUGGUAUGAAUCUGUGUCCAGAAGAGAUAAAAAACCGAGCCAAUCUCAGGUUCACGGGAGACAGAACCAUUGAUUUUUGCCAGAAUUGUUGUGGAGCACCACACUGAUGCUGAUAAAAUGUGUGUUAGAUGCAAUUGUUUCUGUAUCCAGCUCUCCUCCGAGGGUGACUGAAGGAGUAGUGUAAACUGCUGUAAUAAUAAGAAAUCGAAAUAAAAGAAGUACCAAACAGGGGAGGUUUAUGAAGAGGAUGAAUUGCUACCUGGUAGGAAGGCGAAAGACACCUUCAGUGCACUCCUGUUAUACUAGAUUUUUGAUGAAAAUGUGGCUCAGAGUUGGGCCACUUAACACAUUCCACAGAAACGGCAGGGGGAGAGAUUAGCUUUGCAUUUCAUUUCCUCCUGCCUCCCAGUGGGCUUUGCACAGCACCUGUAGUUAGAAGCAAGCACAAUGAACUAAUCUCAUGUUACAUCAUCUUUGGUUUCCGACCAUUGCUCCUCCCUAUCUACUUCUUUUAAAACAAUUAUGGAGUGCCUUGAAUUACCUUAAUGCUUUGUUGUUGCACCCUUUCAUAUAGUGGGGUUGUGCUUGUUGUCAGACGUUUUUUCCCCCCUUCAUUGUUUCAGAAUUUUGCUUCAUCCUCACCUCUUUAUUUCCAGAGUUCAGAGGCGAGUGCCUUUAACGUAUGUUGCCAAAAUGGCGCCACCCGAGCUCAAGAGAGGAGGUAUCAACAGGAGUAAGAGCUCUCCAAGGGUUGCAGGAAGAUGGAAAACCUGGGGGUGGGGUGGGGACCCAAAACAGCACAGCUAGGACUAAGGGUGGUCAGUUGGCCCUAGAGUACUGACUGACUUGUGGGGAGAGAAAGGGAUGGAAAGUCAGAGGGAGAUGGGAAAUAGAAUGGCUUAUCCUGGAUGAUGGCUUGCAGGUUCAGUGUUAUGUCCUCUGCCUUUCAGAAUGGCCCCCAAUAAUAAAUUAACAUUAGAAGAAUGUUUCUGUGCAUUUUGUAGAAUAGCUGUAGAGGACAUUGUUCACUGUAUCACCCAGAGUCCUCUGUAUAAAGAUCUAUUUGGAAAAAAACAACACAUUUAGCCACAGGAAGAAUAUUGUUACAUCAAAUGAGUUUGUGUGCUUUUCGCAGUUAAACAAGGAAAAUCACAUUACCAUGCGUGGUUCUGUAUUUAAUACAAAUAGAGAGCCAAAUUUGUGGCUUAACUCUCAGCUUCUUCUAUCUGCCUUAUGGCCUAUGGCUAAUCAGAUAAAAUUCUUACUACUGAAAAGCAGAGACAUAGCAUUGAACGGCCCAGAACUACUCCUUGAGAACUACAUAAUAGAUCCAUAAUAGUUGUGACUAUAAUGUGGAUUUUCUCUCUUUUUUUCCUCCCCAACCCCCAAGCUUAUAAAUUAAUACAAUAUAUUGUCAUAAAUAGAUAUUCACUAGGAGGGGAAGGGGUAUUAAAAAAAAGCAUGUCAUAUCAGUCAGUAUUCCAGCUACACUAAAGAAAUAUAGAACAAUUCAUUUAAGAAUUUGCAUCGUCCAUCUUCACUGCAUGCAGGUUUUUAAGAAUCAAAAUAUAUGGAGAAAAGAAUCAAAGUCUGUUAUGUGUUCACUACAUUAUAUUGUUAUUAAAUAUAUAAUAAUGUGCAUUUUCAUUGAGGGCAACACUAAUAAACUCCCAGGGAAGUUUUGCAAGAGAAGCUCUCAAGAGAAACCUGUGUCUGUCAUCAGACACAGCCUUUAUACCCACUAAAAGCUAGUUUUGCUCAGUUAUCGCUAAGAUAACACAGCUAUUUGUCUAGUAUAACAGCUCUGUAUUGAACAUAACCAGGACGUUAGACACAAUUCUCAGGCAUGCACCCAAGGCCUCUCGUCUGUUGCCUCUUCAGCUGUCCCAAGCUACUCUUAAAAACAAGCAGUUGGCGUACCCAUGCGGGGAAACUGCUGAACACGCUCCUGAAGAUUUGUGUGCAUACACGUGCGAUACUGACCUCUUUGCUCUCUGCCCACAGCGUCUAACCAGAGUGCACUGCUGUGUCUUAGCCUUGUACUUACAGGAGUGUUUAGAAUAUCUUGGAAUCAUCUGUGUUAAUCGGUUUUUUAAAAAAAUCUGUACGAGGUUUUCCGUUGUUGUUUUUCUAGACUGUGAUUGAUGAAGGGUCCUGGUUUUUAAAUGGUCUUUUCUUCAAUGUAAAAGAGGUUUAUCAGAUCACACUCAAACCAGCAGAGUAUUUUGAUAUUGCGUGACAAUCCUAUAAAAAAAAUAAAACAAAAGCUAUACCUUC